AUGUAUACCUCAACUAUCAUCACAUCUCUCCUCGCCAUCGCUGGCACCACUCUUGCAGCUCCUCUUACAAAACGAGCCGAUAUCUCCAUUCAAUUCAUCGGUGGCCCAGCCAGCUAUACUAUCACGAUUCCCAAUGAUGAUGUGUGGCACCCUACGAACAGCGACCUCAACAUCUCAAAGAUCAAGUCUUCUGUCAACGUUAUCACUGCUUGCAAGUUCCAGACCAAACCUCCUCCGGCUGUGGCUGCUACUGCGACUUAUGUGCAGAGCAAUGAUGGAGCUGUGGAUGUCGGUCCACCACAGCCGAUCUUGGCUGUCAAGUGUCCCGGUGCAUGA